AUGCGCUGCCCCUUCACAGGAUGGGACAGAGCCGUCGCCGCCACCACCGCCACCAAGGGCGUGAACCUGCGGGACAAGCUGGAGGGCAACGAGCUGGACCUGAGCCUCAGCGACCUGAGCGAGGUGCCCGUCAAGGAGCUGGCCGCCCUGCCGAAGGCCACGGUGCUGGACCUGUCCUGCAACAACCUGGCUGCGCUGCCGUCGGACUUCUGCAGUUUGACCCACCUGGUGAAGCUGGACCUGAGCAAAAACCAGCUGCAGCAGCUGCCCUCGGACUUCGGCCGCCUGGUGAAUUUGCAGCACUUGGACCUCCUGAACAACCGGCUGGUCACCCUGCCUGUCAGCUUUGCGCAGCUCAAGAAUUUGAAGUGGCUGGACCUGAAGGACAACCCCUUGGAUCCCACCCUGGCCAAGGUGGCAGGAGACUGCCUGGAUGAGAAACAGUGUAAACAGGCGGCCGUCAGGGUGCUGCAAUAUAUGAAAGCCAUCCAGUCAGAGCAGGAUCGCGAGAGGCAGCGGAGGCUACAAGCGGAGCGAGAACUGGAGAAGAAGCGUGAAGCAGAGCAGCGAAAAAGGGAGGCUCAGGAGAGGGAAUUGCGGAGGCGAGAGAAGGCAGAAGAGAAGGAACGCAGAAGACGAGAGUAUGAUGCACUAAGAGCUGUAAAGCAGGAGCUGGAAACACAAAGGAAGAAAGAAUCCACCGAGAGCCCCAAGCUCUCAUCUGCUUCCCGUCCAUCGAAGCUGCCCCAGCGCAGGCGUUCGUGGUCCCAGGCGCUGCUGAGGCUGUUGCUCAUGCUGUUGCUCUGUGCCCUCUGCACGUUGGCUGUGUGCAGGAUGACUGAGCUGCAGCGCCAGCCGCUGUGUGUCAGCGUGAACACUCUGUUUGAGGAUGUGGUCACUGCCGUACAGAGCCACAAAACCUUGCAGAACAUGCUCCAUCGGAACUCGCAGCAGUGAAUGUGCUACCCGGACACUUGCAUUCCUAGCAUCUCUGCCGCCAUCCGCACAGCCAGGAUUCCUAUGGAAUCGUGUCCCGAUGAAAACUGCUUUCAGUCAGGCAGCGCUGGAUUUGCUGGUCCACUCCAAACAGCAGAGCCUCUGCUCAGGUCAUCUUUGCUGUGCAUGUCUCAGCUGGUCUGCAAUUCCCAUUGUUUGCCCACAUUAACUCAAACUUGUUAACAUUUCCUUCUUCCCUAGAUUGUAAAAUGCCAGUCUACAGCAGAGUGAGGGAAGGCCUUAAGCCUUCCUCAGGCUAACUUUGGCUCUCCAGUGGAGGUUCUUGUCUUGCCACUAUGUUUAUUGAUGAAACCCUCUGCUAAAGUCUGUGCUGGUAUGGCUGAAUUGGGAUAAGAGUGUAGGUGGACCCACUCCAGGACCAGAAGUCUGUAAGAGGGCUGUGUAUCAGUACAUCAGCGUGAAAGAGGUGAUGUGUUAUUGGAACAAGUCGACAGUUUUCAAUAUAACAGUUUUCGCAGCA